AUGCUGGCUACCGUAAUCCGAGCCACCGUACUUCUUAUGGUCGUCGCCGUCGUCGCGGCGAUGAACCUUCCUCAGCCCGAGGGAUUCCGUCGGGCGUCCCCCGUCAAAUUUAUGGACUUUGACGCUUACCGGUCAGAAUUUUUGAUUUUAAAGCGACUCUUGAGUUAGUUUUGAACCUGGGGUAUAUUGACAUUUUUUUGAACUUUUCACAGUAUUUUCUUUUUCUAAAAAAAUCGGAAAUAGAAGCUACCGUAAUCUACAAAAUUUUCAGUUGCAUGGAAACUUUUUUUCUGAAAUCUUUUAAAGUCUUCACAAAAAUUCAAUUAUCGAUUAUUUUCUGUAAAAAAUGGUCUCGAGGCAUACAGUAACUCUUAAUAUCAAAUAUGAAUCAACGAAAAUAUUUACUUUUCACUUAUUUUCCUCUUUUGAAACAGUAAGUAAAGACAUUUUGAGAAUACAAAAUAAUUUUUUUUUUGCGUCUGUUUUUAAAUGAGUUUUGCUCUAAAAAGCUCUCGGUAGGGCUAACUUGAAGCUGAAAAAAUAGCUGGCAUGGCCAAAAUUGAUUCGAAAUAGAAUGAAAGUUUCCAUUUUAGGGAUUUCCCGAAGCGCGCCCAGCCGGCCACCUUGUCCUCUCUUAUCCGGUCAGAUUUUUCAAUUUUUUUUUUUUAUCAAAUUGACAUGAUUUUAUGUCCAAAAGAUGUAAUUUUCUUCAAAAAAAGUGUAUUUUUGCAGGAACCUACCGUCUCGCGAGACUUUCGCCAUGAGACCACCUCUCUACGUCUUCGACGGACGUCUCUACAAUGUCGCUCCCUGA